CCCUUGGGGUCUGCACAACCAACGACCAGACGGAGCGUGUAACACGCGCCGCGCGGCCUCCGGUGUCUGGCGCUCCUACACACCCACGCACGCAGAUCGCGUCGCUUCGCCCGCAAAGCACCACACCCGACCUGCUGCUCUGCAUGACCUACGCUUGCUCAUCUACUCAUACAUCAUAUGAUGAUGCACUAUACUAUUAUCAUUUUAAUUUCAAACACUUACCGUACUUUAUUAUAGAAUAACUUUUACUUCUGAUCAUUAUUCGUUUCCUGUUACUUCCGCCUGUUAUCACCUUAGUAUGUUGAAUUAGUGAAUUUAUAUUUUUCUAUCAUCCAUUUGGAGUUGAUCCGAGCAUGCGUGUUGAUAUAAGUUUAAACCUAAUGCUCGGACCUACUCCGUUAUCUCGCCAUUUGCGCCCGCGAGUCAUUUCCUCGUCACAGCCGCGGCCGUGUGGAUGAGGGAUACGCGAUGCUUCGCAGCGUAAGUGAUAGCGUUUUGUGUGUUUGGCAUGUCUCCGGAGUCGGGUACACAAUGAGAGACAUUCGGUACCACUGGAAAGACGGAUUAUCAAGCGUCGGUAUGAGCAACGAGGUGCAACUGCCGCAGUUUCGUGUACUUGGCCACCGGCAACGCGCCACUGUUGUAACACUCACCACAGGUAACCAAUCGCAACGCCUGCUGUCCCAGCACUGUUCCAUCGCUCCGCCACCGACCCCGUCUCCCUCAGCUCGUGUGCAGACGAUCGAUACCGCGACACUAGCACACACGCUAAACUUGACACAACAAUCGCACGACAAGACGCGCGAAUUUGGCUCGCGACUCCCCCGCUCUAACCCCGACCGAGUGUCGACUCGAGUCGCAAAACCCAUUGCGAUGGGCCUGGGGCUAUUUCAUUUAUGUAUCCGCUGCGCACAGUCGGCUACACCAUGAGGGACAUCCGAUACAAGUGGAACGAGGGCCCUAACUCUGUGGGCGUGUCGAGUGAGGUGUCGCUGCCGCAGUUCAAGGUGCUCGGUCAUCGCCAGCGAGCUAUGGAGAUAUCUCUUACCACAGG